AUGGAUUCAAAGCAUUUGGCUGAGCUGGAUAAUUGUAUUGUAUGCCCUGUCUGCAACUCAAGAUAUUUGUUUAGAAAUGACAAAGUUAAGGCAGGAGUGUUUGCUGGCAGCUGUGAAAGUUGUGGACAUUUCAUUAAAUUUCGUGUGAAAUCUGAUAUCAACUCUAAAAUCACAGUAACUAUCAAUGGACAACAGUACACAGUUGGAAAUGAAUAUCCGCCAUCAACUAAACUUAACACGUACUUACGGAAAGAGAGAAUUUCUGUUGGCACCAAAGUGAUGUGUCAUGAAGGCGGCUGUGGUAUCUGUCUUGUUGAGGCCAAGUUAUAUGAACCGAUGUCUGAUACAAAGAAGAGUUACCCAAUCAACUCUUGCCUCUGUCCAUUAUUCAUGUGUGAUGGGUGGGAGAUAACUACCAUAGAAGCUAUAAGUGACGUCAUCCCAAAGCGUCUAGCCAAAUACAAUGGUUCACAGUGUGGAUUCUGCAGUCCUGGUCAGGUCAUGAACAUGCAUGCAUUACUAGACCAAAACGAGGGAAACGUUUCAAUGAAACAAGUGGAGGAUGCUUAUGAUGAUGUUAUUUGCAGAUGUACUGGUUACCGACCAAUAUUGGAUGCUAUGAAAUCAUUUGCACAAGACUCACCAGCUGUGAGGAAAACAACAACUGUAGAUAUUGAGGAGCUAGGAAAGACAUAUUGUCACAAAACUGGUAUAUACAACCAAGAGCUAGAUAUGGCUGGGUUUGAUGUUCUCGUUGAUAUAAGAGGAAUACAAGGCUUAUACAGUGUAAAUUUUGACCCAACAGUUGUUCUCGGGGCAGGUUUAUCUAUUACCCAGUUAAUUGAUAUCUUUACUAGAUCCCAAUCUACACCUUCUUUAGGAUAUCUAGCAAACAUCAAAGACAUGCUAAUGAGAAUGGCCUCUUGGGCAGGAAACCUCAUGCUGAAACAUCUUCAUCCAGAAUUUCAAUCGGAUGUCUACGUUGCUUUGGAAGCAGCUAAUGUCAAACUUAUAAUAGCGGAUAGUACUGGAUCUAACACGAUACCUAUCAGCCAGUUCCUUAAGACAGAUAUGACAAACAAAGUGAUAGUUGCCAUGGAGGUACCAGCUAUGACUGACGACUACAUUGUCAGACUAUACAAAGUUGCACAAAGAGCAGAGAACUCACAUUCCUUUGUUAAUGCUGGUGUUAGAAUGAAAGUUGGCACACACAAUAAAUUUCUAGUGAUGGAAAAACCUUGUAUUGUUUUUUCUGGAAUUUCCAAAGAUUUUGUUCAUGCAGUGCAGACAGAAUCUUAUCUCGUAGGAAAAUCAUUGGUAGACCCAUCCGUCAUACAAGGCGCAAUGACUACUCUCGCAUCUGAAUUGAAUCCCGAUCCCAACAUUGAUGCUGUUGAGCCUAGUGUCGCAUACAGAAAGAACGUAGCAAUAGGAUAUCUUUACAGUUAUAUUCUUGAUGUGGUAGGUGAUACAGCAGGAGGUAUUUAUAGAAGUGGUGCGAUACCUCUUUCUAGACCGCUUUCAUCCGGACAGCAGUCAUAUGACACCAAGCCGUUGGAAUGGCCACUUACUGAACCAAUGAUUAAGUUGGAGGCUAUGGACCAGACCACCGGUAGAGCAGAUUAUAUCAACGAUAUUCCAGUACAACAAGAUACUUUGUAUGCUGCAUUUGUUACAAGCACUGUUGGAAAUGCAAAACUUCAGAACAUGGAUCCAUCGAAAGCUUUGAGCAUGUCAGGAGUAUUGAAAUUUAUAACUGCAAAGGAUAUUCCUGGACAAAAUAACUGUUUUUCUUCAGUAUCAUCCACCAUCCCUUCUGUUCCGGAAGAGGUAUUAUGUGGCGGCGAUGUUAUGUAUGCUGGCCAGGCUUUGGCAAUCAUUGUUGCAGUGGACGAAGAAACAGCAAACAAUGCUGCUAAACAAGUUCAAGUGACAUAUUCUGAUAAAAAAACGCCCAUUCUGUCUUUAGAUGAUGGGAUAAACAAGGGAUCAUUUUUACCAGACAUUUAUCCUCUUACGAAAGGAAAUGCUCAAACUGCAAUCACUAAUAGCACCAAACAAAUAACUGGAAGCAUACAAUUUGGCGAACAGAAACAUUUUCCAAUGGAAACCCAGAUAAGUUACUGCAAACCUACACCAGAAGGAAUGAAUGUGGAGACGUCUACGCAGUGGAUUGACAACUCACAGAGAGCUGUUGCAAUGGUUUUAGGAGUUAAUCAAAGCAGAAUUAAUGUAACUGUUAAAAGACUUGGUGGAGCAUUUGGAUUUAAAAUAACAAGGAAUUAUAUAGUGUCUGCAGGUUGUGCACUGGCAGCUCACAUCAUGAACAGGCCUGUAAAACUGAAUUUAGAAUUUCACACACAAAUGAAGAUGCUUGGAGGACGACUUGCUUAUAGAGCUGACUAUACGGUUGGAUGUACUGACCAGGGAAAAUUGAAUGGAAUCAAAAUGACACUGUAUGCAGAUGUAGGAUACAAUGGAAAUGACAGUACGUUAUAUUCUGUAUAUGGAUUCAUCGAUAAUGCUUACUAUUGUGAGAACUGGAAAAUAACACCGAAAACAGUCAAAACGAACAAACCUUGUAAUACGUACUGCCGAGCACCAGGUUCAACUCCGGGUAUAUUUAUCAUGGAAUCUAUUAUGGAACAUGUUGCAAAGGAACUACAACUGGAUCCAACAGAUGUCAGGGUUCUCAAUUUGUAUCAAAAGGGACAGACAACACCCCACAAUAGGCCACUCCUGUACUGCAAUAUCAGGCAACUGACCACAGACUUAAUGACAUCAGCAACAGUAAAACAGAGACAGACAUCUGUCCAGGCAUACAACCAGGCAAACAGAUGGAAGAAAAAAGGAUUAUCAGUUGUUCCUAUGAAGUUUGAAAUAAGUUAUAUUUUCGUUCAUUACAACGCAAUUGUCAAUAUAUAUGCCUGGGAUGGAAGUAUAUCCAUCGCCCACGGUGGAGUUGAAAUGGGACAAGGGAUCAAUACAAAGGUAGCACAAGUCUGCGCAUUUGAGCUCGGUGUGCCAAUUGACAUUAUAAGUGUGAAAUCAACUCAAACGACAUCUAAUGCUAAUGAUUUUGUAACCGGUGGCAGUAUAGGCACUGAAUUGUGCUGUUUGGCUGUUUUGAAUUGUUGCACGGCAUUAAGAUCAAGGAUGGCACCAGUGAAAGCUAAAAUGCAGAACCCUUCGUGGAAAGACUUGGCACAAAAAUGUCUAGUGGACAAAGUGGACCUGUCUGCCAGAUUUUGUGCCUUCGAGCCUGGGACGAUUUUAGAGGAACCACAAUACAAUUCUUAUGGUGUAACCUGCACUGAAGUGGAACUAGACGUACUUACUGGACAAUACCUUAUUAAUAGAGUAGACAUGUUGUUCGAUUGCGGGGAAAGUAUGAAUCCGAUGGUAGAUAUAGGACAAGUCGAAGGUGCUUUUACAAUGGGACUUGGAUAUUGUCUGUCAGAAAACCUCAAAUUUGAUCCUCAGUCUGGAGAACUAUUAACCAACAGUACAUGGGAAUACAAACCUCCUAUGGGUAAAGACAUUCCAAUCGACUUUCGAAUUCAAUUGCUGAAGAAUGCUCCUAAUCCAAAAGGUGUCCUCAGAUCGAAAGCUGUUGGAGAACCACCAUUAUGUAUGAGUUCUUCAGCUUUGUUUGCUUUGAAACGGUGUAUAGAAGCUGCAAGAAAGGAUAUACAGAAAGAUACAUAUUUUCCACUCAAUGGACCAACUUCGGUUGAUAAGUUAUGUGAGCUAUGUCUUGCAGACCCUUCCCAUUUUGUGAUAUAACUAUAUGAAGUCAUAUAUAUUCUUUAUGUGCAGUGUUUGUUCUGGGAGGUGCAAUAUUUCUAUUUAAAUAUAGAGUUUGUUUU